UGAGAGAGGAAUCAACCGUUAUCAUUCGUAAACAUGCGUCAUCAAAAAAGUAAACGUAAAUAACUCAUCAAAUCUUGAACAGUUACAAUAGCACUCAAUAAUUUGUACAUAGUGUUAUGUAUAUAACUGUGAAAUAGUCGCGCGCUGUUAUAGUUAACAGUUUUUUGUACGAUAUUUUUACAAUGUUGGAAUUAUUUUCAAAGCGAGCUGUGUUGCAAUUGCCGUCGAAACUUUGCAGUUAUAUCAGAAGCUAUGCUUCAAAACAACAUAACGACGAUUUUAUAAAAAUUGUCGAAGUUGGACCGCGAGAUGGGCUGCAAAACGAAAAGAAAAUUGUGCCUACUGAAGUCAAGGUAGACUUCAUCAACAAGCUAUCAUCGACCGGACUGAGAAGUAUUGAAGUUACGAGUUUCGUAUCGCCAAAAUGGGUUCCUCAGAUGGCAGACAAUGUACAGGUUUUUCAACGAAUUGAAAAGAGGACAGGUGUAUCGUAUCCAGUAUUGGUGCCAAAUUUAAGAGGUUUAGAAAAUGCUAUUGCAGCAGGUGUGAAAGAAAUCGCAAUAUUUGGCGCUGCGUCAGAAGCUUUCUCUAAAACAAAUACCAAUUGCUCUAUCGAAGAGAGUGUAAAGAACUUCAAGGUUGUUAUAGAAGAGGCAAAGAGGCAUGACAUUAAAAUCAGAGGCUAUAUAUCCUGUAUUGUUGGUUGUCCCUAUGAAGGAGAGACCAAACCAGCGAUUACAGCGCAUUUAGCUUCAAUGAUGUUGGAUCUAGGAUGUUAUGAAGUUUCUUUGGGUGAUACUAUAGGUGUAGGAUCACCGAGUAAAAUCAAACGAGUUUUGAAUGAGUUGCUGUCCGUGUCUUUAAAUAAUUUGAAUUAUUUGGCGCUGCAUUGUCAUGAUACAUAUGGACAGGCUCUCGCAAAUGUAUACGCAGGUCUCGAAAGCGGUGUAAGAGUCUUUGAUUCGUCUGUUGCUGGACUGGGAGGAUGUCCGUAUGCCGCUGGUGCUUCGGGAAAUCUAGCCACAGAAGAUCUGUUGUACUUUCUAAAGGGACAAGGAUUAAACACUGGUGUAGAUUUUGAUAAAACUGUGGAGAUAGGCGAUUACAUCAGCAAACAAUUAGGCAGAGAAAAUCAUUCAAAGGCUGGGACAGCUAUACUGGCUAAAAAAAAUAAACAGAAAUAUUAGUUGUGCAAUAUUUUAACUACUGUGAUGAAACAACUGAAAUCGCAUUCCAAAGAACACAAAUAGAGCAAAUAUUACAAAUUAUUAUAUGUAUUUGGUAGUGAUAUAAAUAAUGUACAUGGUC